AUGCCAGUCGACAGAAGAAAACUCUGCGUAUUCGGCGGAGCAAUUGCUCUCCGUAUCCUCCUAUUUACGCUAUUCCCCACCCUCCCAGACCUCCUAACAGGCAGAGUGGAGGUUUCUACUCCAGCCAGCAGCUUUAAAAGACUCCAAGAAGGAGUCUUCCUCUAUACCCGCAAUGUGUCCCCAUAUGAUGGCGGCGUUUAUCACCAGGCCCCGAUCCUCCUGCCGAUAUUUUCUCUCCUCCCCCAAUCCAGCAGUCACCCACUCCUUACCGGGCUGGUAUACAUUCUCGUGGAUCUUUUGAACGCAGCGGCGUUGGUCACCAUAUCAAACUCUGCUGAGUCUGUGGUGUCUCGCCUUUACACUUCCCCACGGAAAGAUAUAAGAUGGGAUGGUGUGUCUAUUGCUGCAGGCUACCUGUUUAACCCCUUCACAAUUGCGACAUGUCUUGGAAGAUCGCCCAAUGCAUUCACUAAUUCCGCAAUCCUGUAUGCGAUUUCCAACGCGGUUAUGCGCAACACUUUCAGCUCAGCGUUUGCGCUGGCAUUCGCUUCGUACCUGUCGCUCUAUCCUGCCCUCCUAUUCCCGCCCCUCGUUCUGCUCUGCUACGACCGCAUUGUAAAAGGAGGCAGGUUGACUGGCAGCGCUCUUAUCUACGCUCUAAAAUACUUCUUCAUAUUUGUCGCAAGUGUCUUUGUACUCCUGUACAUGUCUUUCAUAAUCACUGGUAACUCAUUGGAGUUCAUAUCAGCGACCUAUGGAGUGCAGCUGCUGGUGCCCGAUCUGACUCCCAACGCCGGUCUAUGGUGGUACUUCUUCGUUGAGAUAUUUGACCCAUUUCGACAGUUUUUCCUAGGAGUUUUCUGGCUACAUCUGGCAACGUACGUUGGAGCAUUUAGCGUGCGCAUGAGGACCCAGCCACUGUUUGUGCUCACCUCACUCCUUGGGAUAUUCGCUAUCUUUAAACCAUACCCGAGUAUUUCUGACGUGUCCAUCUAUUUUGCGCUUCUUCCCUUAUAUCGACAUAUUUUCCCAUUAAUGCGUUACACAUUUUUUGCUGUGGCGGCUCUUCUCUAUGCCACUCUUCUCGGCCCUGUCUUCCACCACUUAUGGAUAUACGCUGGUUCGGGGAACGCCAACUUCUUCUAUGCGAUAACCCUGGUGUGGAGUCUAGGACUUUCAAUCCUUGUCGCAGAUUCGAUAUUCGCUGUCCUCCGUGAUGAGUGGGAAAAGGAGAGACCAGAAAUGAAAGGGAAAUAUACCAAGCAGAUCUGA